CCCAAUCCACUGGAGAUGGGGGAUAAGGAUACUUUCUGAUGCACGCACGCGUGUCUAGACUGCCCGGGGUCGAAGGUCCUGAAGGGAGAAUCGGUUUAUGAGACUUCGAGGAUCUUUUUAUGGCACUCUUAAAUGUGCCAUAUGUUGAACGUUGCUUUUUUUACCUGCCUGGUACCCAGGACCUUUUGGAGUGUGGUCUGAGUCCUUCACCUCCAUUUAGACUGAAAUCUGCCAGGUUUGUGGGCAUUGCGUUUGAGGAGCUCAGAGAAGCCCUGGCAACAAGACUGCAAAUGGUUUGUGUAUUUAUCAUGAACCGAGUGAAUUCCCAGAACAGUGGCUUCUGUCAGCGCAGGCGAAUGGCCCUGGGGAUAGUGAUUCUCCUGCUGGUUGAUGUGAUAUGGGUGGCAUCUUCAGAACUCACCUCGUAUGUCUUCACUCAGUACAACAAGCCCUUCUUCAGCACCUUUGCAAAGACAUCCAUGUUUGUUCUGUACCUUUUGGGCUUCAUUAUUUGGAAACCUUGGAGGCAACAAUGUACAAGAGGAUUUCGAGGAAAGCCUGCUGCUUUUUUUGCAGACGCUGAGGGUUACUUUGCUGCUUGCACAACAGAUACGAGUAUGAGCAGUUCUUUGAGUGAACCCCUGUAUGUUCCUGUGAAGUUUCAUGAUCUUCCAAGUGAGAAGCUCGAGAGCACAAACAUUGGAACGGAAAAAACUCCCAAGAAGUCCCGUGUAAGGUUCAGCAAUAUCAUGGAGAUUCGACAGCUCCCAUCAAGCCAUGCGUUAGAGGCCAAGCUGUCUCGAAUGUCUUAUCCUACUGUGAAAGAUCACGAAUCCAUACUGAAGACUGUAGGGAAACUUACUGCAACCCAAGUAGCAAAAAUCAGCUUUUUUUUUUGCUUUGUGUGGUUUUUGGCAAAUUUGUCAUAUCAAGAAGCACUUUCAGACACACAGGUUGCCAUAGUGAAUAUUUUGUCUUCAACUUCUGGACUUUUUACUUUAAUCCUUGCAGCUGUAUUUCCGAGUAACAGUGGAGACAGAUUUACCCUCUCUAAGCUGUUAGCUGUAAUUUUAAGAAAUCGAAUUGGAUCUUCUCCAGUUAUCUUAGCCUGCAGUGAUUUUUCACUUACUUUCUGUUUAAUUCAUUUGGCAGUUUUAUCUGAGGGCACAGCAGCCACAUUGUCAAUAACUACAUUCAGUCUUUCAUAUGUAACUGUGAGUUUUCUCUGCUGGACUGUAAACCUUUAAAGGCUGAAACUUGACUUCAAAUUCUGUGUGUUGCCAAGAGCCUAGCUUUUCCCAUAGACAUUACUCAAAGGAGAUGCUUUAGUUUGACAAAGCAGCUCUUUUUGGAAAACGAGAGAGCAAAGAGGGUAACAGAAGCACUUAAUGAUGAGACUUUCAUAGCAGUAGCUGAGACCAAGUCAGAGUUCUGUUGCUUCCCCUAAGCUCUGAUCCAGCAGAGAGGACUAGAACUGUACUGCUUUGUGUCUGGAAAGUAUCUGAGGGACUAGCACUUGGCAAUUGUAGAAGACUGGUCACUCUUCUUAUAUUCUGUAUUACAGCUUUUAGACACAAGGGAAAGCUGAUCAAGAGUGUUUCAGUGACACUCUGACUGACCCAACUGAUUUAUAUUUAGUCUUUAUAACUACCAGGGAUAUAUUCUUUUGUAUGCUUGACUAAUGUUUUAACCAAACAUGUUUUUGCAUUUUGGAAAUAUAAUACAUUUGUGUUGGGGAAGUAAAUAAGGUUUUAUUAAACUUUACCUGAAAUAUAUAUGCUGGUUUUUAACUUUUCUUAGUACCAUGUAAUAAAGAAAGGUUUGAUAAAGAAGGGAAUGGAUAUAAAAUGUUGAGUUUGCAAGUGUUGUGACAGAAUAUUCUUGUAAAAGUAGGUUGAGAAUGAGGACUAGGAAACUAACGUCAGCUGCCUGCCAGUUUUUAUAAAUAAAGUUUUAUCGAGACACAAUCAUUUUCAUUCAUUUGCUUGUCAUCUGUGGCUGCUAUGGGGCAGAGUUGUAAGAGAAACCACAUGGCCACAAGUCUAAAGUACUUUGUGUGCUCUAAAAAAAUCACUAUAGUUUAGGAUAAUUGAUUUUAAUUUUCUUGUGUAAUUUCACUCUUGAGAAUACUCCAAUAAACACUAUUUAAUACUUACUUUGUACUGAAUUGUCCUUAAACAAUGAGAUUGAAUUUUUGUGAUCAUGCAUAGAAUUUGAUAUAGCUACAGCCUUGAAAGAAAUCUGAUGAAAGUUCAGAAAUCACAUUCUGUUGUCUGUGAUCCAGUCCCACCUCCAUGACUAGUUUUGAGAUCUUGCACAUUAUUUUAAAAUCUCUUUGCCCGUUUCCUCUUCUGUAAACUGAGGAGGAUCACAGUGGAAUUUGUCUCAUAGGUCUGUUAUGCGGAUGGAUGAGGUCAAACUUGUAAACUGGUUCCAAGAACGUGUGCUCAGUCUAUUUAGGCACCAUCAUGGCAUCAUCCUCUGAAUGGAAACGAACUGGUUUCUGUUAUAUUGUGGGAACUCAGUAAACAACAGCUGACUCUAAUCCAAACAAUGAUCAUAGCAGGAAACCCGACACCGGCACUAGAGAGUAGGAGGAUCCAGUGUAAGGACUAUUCUGUUUGCUUCUGAUUACAUGGUUCCAUAAGGGGAAACAUAUUCUUUUUCUAUACUACUUCUCAAAUGUGCCAAGUCUCUUUGAUCAGUAGGCAAGAGAAUUGGACUGUCUUCUAAAUUUGCAGCAUUUCUGUUUGUUGAAAAAAAUAUACACAACUAAUAAGCUACCCGGAAGUGGAAAGGCCAUGUAAGCUCCUUGAAGAGGAACACACGCAUCUUGUCCCCUGGAACACAUUGCUUUGCUCCUUCUAGGUGCUCAGCAGUGACAGUCAAUUGAAUCAAUGGCCUGACUUCUCCACAGCCUUUGGUCGUCUUUUUAUCCAUUAAAAUCCUGGGGUUAACGGACUCAUCAAAUGUGGAAGAACAGCCUUGCUGUUUAUUUAGGUUUCACUUGCACGAAAAGUGCCAUUGCUAGCUUUAUGUGGAGUUGGCUUAUUUCUCUUUGAAAGAAGGCUCAACAAAGGGAUGCCAAGUUAUCUUUUCCAUAAUUAAGACAGUAGCAUGUAAGCAUGUUGGGCUUUGAGGACAAGCUGCCUGUGACAAGCCCUGUCAUGUGGUCUUGGUCAAGUUACUUCACCUCUUCAUGAAUUCCUUCCCUAUAAGCCAUGAGUGUGCAUUUGUGAGGAUUAACUGUCAGUGCAGCACUCUCCUGUACUGUGCUGAUGAGCUCAUGAGCACUCAUCAAUAAAAUCACCAAAUUCUCAGACAGUUUUACCCAAAGCUAAGAUGAGCUCUUAGUUUUUAUCUAGAUGAUUAGUCUUUUAGGAGCUUAUUAUUGCUCAUCAG